CUGGCGUGACGAUGCAGGUCUCCAAUCCUGGAGAUAUAAUUGUCAGAAGUCCGCUCUACUAAAACCUGACUUCCAGCGGAACAGAUAUCUACGAAGGAACUCCAGUAGCAUGGCACCAACGAGGUGUGGACAGUCCGACAGUCCCAGCAGUGAAACCCGAUAUUUUGGGAAGGAAAUAUCGUCGCUGAGAAGGAGGAAAUGACUGAAAGAGGACAAUCGAGCAAAUUCUUGUUCGUGAACAAGUCGGGGUUGGACGCAAGCCUGUCUAAUAGCAAAGAGGACCGAUCUUCUGCCAUCGGGAGACAUGUGCAGCAAUGGAGGAGACAGAAUCGUUUGCACAGAUCACAACGAGAAGGGCUGAGUGAUUCUCCCAAUGCAAGACCGAUCGUGGGUAGGACCGGAUCCGACGGCAUUCUGCCUCAGACAUUGCACCCGAGCAGCAGAGAAGCAGAUUCAGCAAGACCUGGUGCUAUUCCAAAUGUCGUAUCAAAACCACAGAGCUCCAGCUCGACACCUGUAGAGGUCCCCCGGGCUAACCUUCGACCUGGUGAUUGUGUCGAUCCAUUCAAUGCAUCCUCGAUCAGGUUGGACGCGGAGGUACAGUCUAUCUUGCAAUACUUCAUCUCGUUCUCGACACCACGGACUACGGAUCGCGCUCGAACGGAUAUGUCGGACACGAGCCACCUAGAGAGUGUCCCAGCCAUCAAAGAGGUCGUGCAAGGCUGCCUCUCUGACAAAAUGCAUAUGCUCUCACUACUGACCGCAACUGCUGCUCGCAUGGAAGAGGUGUCCAAGAAGACCAUCAGUCACCAUCACACUGCGCGAAAUCUAAUGACGAGGGCCAUACCGCACAUCCGCCGCCAUCUGCAGCUAUUUCCCGACUUGAUUCUCGACAAACAAGUCAUCCUCGACAUCUUCUAUCUCGGCGCGUGUGAAUGGUGCCUCGACGAUCAUGAAUCUGCUCGUACACAUCUACGGGCAGCAGGUAACCUCAUCAAUUCGCUAGAUCCAAGGCUGCCGCUCGAUGCCUUUGUCAAAGAGACCAUUGUAUAUAACGACAUUUUCUUGGCUGUUGAGAUGGGGAGAAAACCACUGCUCGUGCGCGACUGGGAUGCCACUCCGCUGGGUUCCCAAAGGCGCCAGCAUAUUUCACAAUCGCUGAGUGCCAAUGUCCCGCAAUGCUGCUUGGGACGUGGAUUCCUGGACCCAAAUCAAAAUGAUAUCUUCCGGUUCGAGAUGAACCUAAUCCUCUGCAGUCUGAUACCGUGGAUUGAUGUUGGCCGCCAUGCUCUGCAAACCCGGAUCCGGACAGUGGAAGACUCAGAGUGGAUCUGUAGCAAGGGGCAAGCAAUGCUACAUGACUUAUUACUCUCCGUCACUAUUCCCAAUUUUGAAAGCGAGAACAAGUCACCUUCGCGGGCGCGGGAGGAAUGCGUCAGACUCUCUCUCAUCAUUGUCAUGAGCUUCGUCUCCACGCAGAUGAGCUGGCGUUCUGGUAAAGUCAACGCGUCGAGAGUCUGGAAGAUUCUGGACAGUAAUGGCGGCUCCUGGGGCAGUCAAGCCCAUAACCAGAUGAAGCUAUGGGUCAUUGUUACCUGCAUCCUCGCAGCCUCGGAGGACGACGAACUGGAGGAUUGGUUACUUAAUGCCGCAGUGGACACGUCGAAGGAUUUGGGUCUUACUACUUACGACGAGCUCCACCAGGCCAUGUCUGCUUACCUGUACUCGCCCCGGUUUCAGCACAACAUUCUCCUGGAAAUCGCCCGACGACGCGGCUGGGAAGGGUCGCGAGAUCCGUGGGCAUCAGCCGAGGUGAUGGCGGCUCGCCAUACUCAGGAACCACACAAGCAGACGUUUGGCUUCAACCUGUCUUCCGAACCCGGCAGGAUGCUUUGUCGCAAGGGCCACUGGGAAGCCACAUCAACAUUGGCAUGUCUCGCAGAGUUCAUUGCGGAGGAGGAUGAGUUCGACGCUAAUGCACUGCUACCUCCCUGGCCACAUGAUCAGGGGGCCGAACACAUAGACUGACUGAUGGGAUUCUGGGGAACAUAUACUCUACGACCGCGGAGUGCGCGUGGCAGCAAGGCUGGCCCGGGCGAGCAUCGCGGCUACUUGCCGCCAUGCUUGAAAUGCUGCAUAUACGAGGUACCCCGUAAGUACCUGCGGGCCAUUCUUCUCUUCUAGGUAGCUCGGUCAGUAUGCUACUCUUUCGGUAUGGACGGUUUCCUCACAGAAACGGCU